AUGCAGAACCAGCCGGAGACCGGGGUCUCCCCCAUGUUCAUUCCCGAGAGUGAGCGAGUGUCUCUUUCUGUUCGAAAUCUGAACGUUUACAUCAAAAAACAGAGCAAGUUUACGGAUUUUGGCCAAAGACUGUUUCGUUCCAAAGAUCUCGAGCACGAUGGAAAUGGCAUAAAGAAGGUUCUCGAUGAUGUGAAUCUGGAUGUGAGUCCAGGUGAGGUCAUAGCCGUUCUUGGUGAGUCAGGAAGUGGUAAGACCACUUUGCUGAACACUCUUGCUCACAGAGUCCAGACGGGUUCGACUUUUGGUAUAGACGGUGUGAUACAGUAUGGUGAUACUUCGGAUAUCCAAAAGUUGAGGUACGCCUAUCUGCUGCAAACAGAUAUGUUCUUGCCUACUUUGACGCUUUACGAGUUGCUCAAGUUUGCGGCUGAUUUGAAGUUGCCAGAGGUCUACACAAGACAGGAGAAGGAACUGCUGAUAGAGACCAUUCUGGACAAUCUGGGCUUGAACUUCUUGCGUGACGAAGUCAUUUGUGACUCUCUCGGAAGGAUGUCGCUUUCAGGUGGAGAGCGUAGGCUUGUGAGUUUGGCUCUGCAACUCCUCAACAAGCCCAGUCUGCUGUUUCUGGAUGAACCUACGACCGGUCUAGAUGCCAAUAAGGCCUACAAGAUGAUGUCUGUGGUUCAUUCGCUGGCCAAGGAUUUCGGUAUAACGUGUGUUCUGACGAUCCACCAACCAAGAACAGAGAUCUUAGAGAAGCUGGAUAAACUAUGUUUGCUGGCUAAAGGUGGUCGUACCAUUUCCUAUGGUUCGUUGCAGGAUUCUAUCGAUCAUUUCGCGAAGCAGGGCUUUGAGCUACCUGCGCACGUUAACGUGGCCGAUUUUCUUAUAGACCUAUCAGUCCGUGACUUUAGUUCGCCAGAGAACGAAUUAAUUUCCCAAAAAAGGAUUAACGAGCUGGCAUGUGUGUGGAAGCAGAUAGAGGCCGAGACUUUAGCUCCAGUUCCUCCUAUCUCCAAGGAGAGUAAGUUCAAAUCUGCUCAGAAUAAGAAGGUCGGCUUGGUGAGAGAAACCAUGGUUUUGACCAAAAGAUCCUUUGUUCUCGCGAUGCGUGACAAGUUCUCCUUGAUAACAUUAAAUGGAGGGCUGAUUCUUCUAUCGAUUGUUUGUGGAUGGCUUUUCUACAAACCAGGAAACGAUCUUGGAGCAAUCCGUACGAAACAGUCCCAGCUAUAUGCUGUACUGGAAGUUAUCGGCUUCAGUCCGAUGACGUACGAGAUAGCGCGUCUUUGGACUGGUGCAGGAAAGAUCUUUUUCAGAGAAAGGAGCGAAGGAAUCAUUUCUGUCACCGGAUGGGUUGUAAGUAGACGUCUUGCCCAAUUUUGGAUUGAGGACUUUCCAAUUUCGCUCGCCUUCUCGCUGAUCACGUACUUCAUGUUUGGUCUGCGGAUUGAAGGAAGUGCUUCAUAUUUCAUGAUUUACUUCGCAACCUGUCUGCUGGUGUAUUCAGCCGGUGCUGGUUGUGGUAUCAUGUGUUUUUCUUUGGGAAGAGACAUUGGAACGUCAGGUCUGGUCUCCAAUAUCUUCUAUCAGGUGCAGAACUCGGCUUGUGGUUUUUUCAUCAAUGCAAAGACUAUGCCUGUUUACGUUCGCUGGAUCAAGUAUUUGGCAUAUUUCUGGUACGCGUUUGGGGCCUUGUGCUCGAGUCAAUUCACGAAUUGGGAAGGCUCUUGUGCAUCUUCGGAUGAGGAAUGUACCGGUGAUUAUGUCUUGCAAACGUUGGGUUAUGGCCGCCAUUGGGUUCCCCUUCCUUUGUGUAUCCUUCUUGCGUUCUACGUGGGUUUCCUUACCAUUGGAGUUGUUCUUCUCUAUUUCCGUCCCAACGAAGUGUCUAUGUCCACUCCGAAGGACAAGCCCAGUAUCUUCAGAAGGAUAUUGGGCAAAACCAAAUCUAACAAAGCUGACCAGGAAGUGGCUACUGAGUUAAGUAGAGUUCCUGUCUCUCUGCCUUCUGAAGGUCUUGAUAUCAGAGUCUCCAUCAGUCUCUGGGUUCUCCCAGUAGGACUGGAUCUUGGAAUCCCUACGAUAAUUUACAAUUGGGUCAUAUACAAGCUCAAGGGAAAAUCUGGCGUACGCAAACAGCGUCAGAAGGCUGUCGAGAAUGGAAGGUUCAUCAAGCAGCUGCUAGACGAUGUCAAUGUUACCUUCAAGCCUGGAACCGUUAAUGCGAUCAUGGGACCAUCAGGAUCUGGAAAAUCCACUCUUCUUAAUUUUAUCGCCGGAAGAUCUUCCGCUCAGAGCAAGUUUUACAGUUCGGGAAACAUCACUCUUAAUAACGUGAGAUUGCCAGAAGGAUCUACACUGGAGGACAUCUGUUCGUAUGUGGUUCAGCAUAACGACGAUCUGCUGCCUACUUUGACGGUCAAAGAAACAUUGAGAUCGCAAGCGCGUUUGAGAAUGAAGGACGCUUCCAACAUUGAGCCCUUCAUCCAGAAGCUUAUUUAUCGAAUGGGUCUGGAACCCUCUGAAAACGUUCUUGUGGGUGAUGACGUUACCAAGGGAAUCAGUGGUGGUGAGAAGAAGAGACUUGCUAUCGCUAUUCAGCUUUUGGACGAUUCGCAGGUGUUGCUGUUGGACGAACCCACCAGUGGUCUUGAUUCUGCAACUUCGGCCUCCAUUUUGGAGCUGCUGGGCAGUCUUGCUACCGAGUUCAAUAAGACCAUCAUUCUCACCAUUCAUCAGCCCAAAUAUGAGUUGUUUGAGCAAUUUGGAGAGAUUGUUCUUCUUACAAAGGGUGGAAGAGUUGCCUAUAACGGUAAAGUUACAGGGAUUAUCGAGUAUUUCAUGUCUCAGGGUUUUGAGUGUCCCAGAUACUCAAACUUUGCAGACUACAUUCUGGAUAUAGUCUCAAAAGACACAAUGAUUGGCACUAAUGAAACUCCUGAUGAAGCAGACGCCAGAGUCAAAGGUAUCAUCUCGUUCUGGGAAUCCCAAAGAUCUAAGGAAAUCCCAGAAUACAAAGAAGGAACAUUAAAGGACUUUGAACAUACAGAAAAAACGAGGUUUGGCCUGAAAAGAUCUCUACCUGCUGUUCUCAGAAGAGAUUUUCUUACCACCUUCAGAAACAGAACCAUCAUCGAUACCAGGUUUAUCCAAAUUCUAGCUCUUUGUGUGGUUCACUCUUUGUUUUUUGCACCUCUUAAGAGCUCCUACGAUGGUAUUUCUAAUCGUCUAGGUCUCAUUCAAGAAAUUGCCAAUUUGUACUACGUUGGUUUCAUCUCCAACGUCACGGCUUUUCCAGGUGCAAGGAAUGUAUUCUACAUGGAGUCUGAAGACGGGAUUUACGGUGUUACUUCCUUCUUUGUAUCCUAUCUGGCUCUUGAGCUUCCCUUUGAGAUUGUGGGAUCAAUUCUGUUCAGUAUCUUUAUCGUUUUGGUGAUUGGACUUCCCCGUACCGCAGGCAUGUUCUUCAUAACUGUGUUCAAUUCGUUUGCCAUGCUAAACGCAGGUGAUACUCUCGGAAUUACUAUCAAUAUCAUCUUCACCCAGGAGGAUCUGGCAUUCAAUGUGAUGGCAAAUCUGUCCAUCGUGGCCAUUUUCAUGGCCGGAACUAUGUCCAUUCACAUGCCUUCUUUCUUCCAGGCGUGGAAUUGGCUCAAUCCUACCAUGUAUGCAGUCAAAUUGAUGGCUACCCUUGGCUUCGACGAUCAACACUUUUCCUGCGAGUACGGAGAAACUUGUUCGCUCACCACUGGCUCGGCUGUGCUAGAUGAGUACAAGAUGCACUGUGACAUUGCUGUGUACAGUGGUGUUUUGGUUGCUCUCAUAGUGGGCUACAGACUAGUGGCCUACUGUCUAUUGGUGGCCAGGAUGAAGCUUAACAAAAAAAUUGUCUGA